AUGUCUCUGGUACGGCACCGGUCGAUGGAAACAAAGGGUACUGCUCCCCCAGGGUCUCCUGAAGAGUCCUCGUCCUCAGAAUCAGAGGUGGAGCCCUGUGCAGAGCCAAAGGGCCACUGCCAAUAUCUGUCCUACAUCCCGCUGGUUCUUGGUGUCUUCAAGCCAGCACCGAUCCUCCUCCCUGGCUCCGACCAAGAAGCCAAAGAGAACCACGAGGGGAAGAUCCCCCAUUUCCCAAGUCCCGUCAACACCGGAGGCCCUGCAGGCAGCGCAGGAGAUCCUGACACUACCAGUGCUGCCCACACCAGCUCUGGCAGUACCCUGGUCAAAAGGGACUUCCCUCAUGAGAAUCUCCUCGCACAGGAGGUAGAAGGGUUGCUGCAGCUGGGUGCGAUGGAAGAGGUUCCUCAUGAAUACAGGAACAAGGGAUUCUAUUCCCAGUAUUACUUAAUCCCAAAGGCCAGGGGCGGUCUACGGCCCAUCCUGGACCUGCAAGACCUCAGCAAAUACCUAAAGAAGUUGAAGUUUCACAUGGUCUCCCUGACCUCCAUCAUCCCCUCCCUGGAUCCGGGAGACUGGUAUGCCACUCUCGACUUGAAGGACAUGUAUUUUCAUACAGCGAUCUUCCAAGCACACAGGCACUUCCUACACUUCACAGUGGGGUCGGACCACUACCAGUUUGCGGUCCUCCCUUUCGGAGACAAGAAAAGUGUUAUGAAGACAACAUGGGGCAUAUUGGAUCCAUCUGUGGGAAACAUUCGCUUAAAUGUGAUUAGGUUGAUAUCCAGCCUUCUACAGACUAACACAAACAAUGUGAACUUGGAACUUAUGGAGUUGAACAGCAUAGGAGUUAGAUUGGAUAUGUUUUUUAAAUACACAUGGAAUAACUUCUUGCAUACUCAAGUAGAAAUCUGUAUUGCAUUGAUUCUUGCAAGUCCCCUUGAGAGCACAGAAAAUGGCACAAUUACAGAUCAGGACUCCAUUGGGGACAGUCUCUUACUGAAACAUCUUUUUCUUAAGUGCCAAUUAGUGGAACGAAUACUUGAAGCAUGGGAAAUGAAUGAGAAGAAACAGGCUGAAGGAGGAAGGCAGCAUGGUUAUAUGGGUCAUUUAACAAGGAUAGCUAACUGUAUUGUGCACAGUACUGAUAAGGGGCCAAACAGCGCACUAGUACAACAGCUAUUAAAGCUUCCAGAUGAUGUCAGGGAGCGAUGGGAGACCUUCUGUACAAACUCCUUAGGAGAAACUAACAAAAGGAACACAGUGGAUCUAGUUACUACCUGCCACAUUCAUUCAUCCAGCGAUGACGAAAUUGACUUUAAAGAAACUGUUUUUUCACAGGAUUCUUCUUUGCAGCAAGCCUUUUCUGAUUAUCAGAUGCAACAAAUGACGUCCAAUUUUAUUGACCAGUUUGGCUUCAACGAUGAGAAGUUUGCUGAUCAAGAUGACAUCGGGAAUGUCUCUUUUGAUCGAGUGUCAGACAUCAACUUUACCCUCAAUACAAAUGAAAGUCCCAAGGAAGUGUUGCUAUGGAGGCCAGUUCAGAUGGAGAAGAUGAUGUGGAAAAUGCAGACAAGGUAACUGAGACAGUAAUGAAUGGCAGCAUGAAGGAAACACUGAGCCUUACUGUAGAUGCUAAAACUGAAACAGCUGUCUUCAAAAGUGAGGAAGGAAAAUUGUCUACCUCGCAAGAUGUUUCUUGUAAAUAU